AUGCAUUCACCGGUCAACUUUAUACUGACCGCCCUGGCGAUCGCCGACAUCUUGACCAUGUCACCGUAUCCGGCCAUGGCUGUUUAUUUGUACAUACUCAACAAACCUGACUGUAACGCUGAGACCCACACGGAAGGAUGGAUGUACUUCAUCAUGUUCAACAAUAUGUUCAUCAUCGCCUGUCACAUGAUGGCCAUGUGGUUGACUGUGUCUCUAGCAGUGUUUCGCUACAUCUUUGUCUGUAAACACCACUUGGCUUCAUCUAUGUGUUCUAUGCAACGGGCUCGCCUGACCGUCUUCGUCGUGUUUGUUGUCACCGUUGUGUCCAAUAUACCUUACUUGUUCACCUACCAGGUGAAGAACAAGAACACAGAUGCGAACAGACCGCCGUGCUACUGGGUAGAUGCUUCGGACUUCGCUCUUCACCAUCCGAUGUAUAUAUACUUCGUCCACUGGCUGUUUGGUGUAGUCAUUAAGAUCUUGCCUUGUAUCUUACUUGCCUAUCUAUCCACACUUCUGAUUGUCGCCAUGCAGCAGGCAAAGAAGCGGCGGGCACGACUGCUGAAUAACGUGUCCCGAGUAAUCAACCACGACAGCUCUAGUGAGCACAACCGGACAACGAUGAUGUUGGUUGCCGUCGUUUUGUGUUUUAUUGUCACUGAAAUCCCUCAGGGUUUGGUCGCCUGGAUCAGCGCGGUGGAUCAGGAUUUCUUCGAUAAUGUCUACAUCCAUCUGGGCGAUCUGAUGGAUAUUCUGGUGCUCGUCAACAGCGCGGUCAACUUCAUCCUCUACUGCAUCAUGUCGCAGCAAUUCCGCGACACUUUCACCAGCCUUUUCGUCUCCAAACACCUGCCGCCUUUCUUCCACCGCCACAAGCAACAUCCUAACGGUGGUGAGUACAGCAUGGUUAACACAGAAACCACACUCUUAUAG